AUGUGCUCCGUUGUGUACUCGUACAACAUCACGGCCAGCACUGUGACAAUUUCCAGCAGUGUCAACGUUCCUGGGUUCCAACACGGCCUAGGAAUGAUGUUUCAGCGAACUUGGGGGACUAUGGCCUCGCUCAUUGUUCGAUUUGUGUGCGUGGUUAUGGUGCUUGGAGCGUUUGGAGCCAGCGAGAAGACUGUGCGGUGGACAGAGCCCGGGGAUGUCGACUCAUGGUUCAAGCGCCUCAUCCACCUCGUGGCCCCCGCGCAGUACCGCCACCCGAGUGGCGCGUUUGACUUUGCCUACAUCUGCUUCAACAGCGACGUGCUGGUGUUGUUGUAUACCCUGGCCGUGCUUUUCGACGAGAACAUUGCCAUGUUGUUCUCAAGAACGCUCUAUCGGUGGCACCGUCAAGGAGAAACAAACGUAUGGAUCGAGCUGCGACUCAUGGCCUUCAGUCUACGCUGGCUGUGGCUCAACUGCCUCUUCUUGAAGGUCAGCAAGUUUCUGUGUCACUUUGUCAACAAGUCGCAGUACACUGGCCAAAACGUGGUCAUGGGAUGGCUCAACUUUAGCUCGGUCACGUGGAUUUACCUCUCCUAUGCUGUUUUGGCGUCUCGGAAUACCUUUAUCGAGUACGGCAACUCGGUCCAAUGCGACUUGGUCUCGACGACGCAAAACUUGGACGCGAUCUUUGUCGACUUUUUCGACAGUUGGUACAUUCGCGCGACGGGGCCACUACUGCUUGCGAUAGUGGCCAACUUGGUGGUUAUCCUACUCCUCGACCACACGUGGAACCGAGCGUGGUGGCGUCAACUGGCCAGCAACUCGCUGGGCCGUCAGCAUAUGUUCAACUCGACGUCCAUUCUAUGCGACGACGACAUGCACUUCGUCGUCCGACCGGGGUAUGCCGGGACGAGCGUCGAGGUGCGAGCGCGGGCACUGUGUACGAUGCAGUGGUUUCUGUCGAGCCAUGUCUUGCGAUUCGGGCUACAAGAACACCCCCAGGCCGUGCGGCUUGUAGUAGCCACGAAAGCGCCUUCAACUGUCUCUGGCCACUUUCACAGCCACCACCCCAAUGGCGGUAGAGAGUCGGAUUCGUCGAUUGCUUCGAAACGCGGGUCAGCUGCAAGUCGACGUGUAAAAGAAGACGCGACCGCCACCGUGUCGCCAAUGGCUGACGAAGAAAUCCGAGCAAGCUCCGAGUCCACAGCAACAGCUGACCACGCCAGUAGCCGCGACAUAUACUUGAUUGUUCAAGAUAGAGAAGGCCACAUUCGCAUGUUUGACGCGGAGAAGCGGGAAUUGCAAGCUUUGGGGCUCGAAAUGAAGAUUCUACGGGAUUCGACAUUCCAUGUGGCGUAG